AUGUCGAGCAAGGAUGAGAAAGCUCAGGCCGCAGCUGAGCGGAUCAAGGCGCAGGCACUGUCGCAGGCCAAGGGCCUCAGCAGGGCUCAGGCCGAGCGGGCGGCGGCUGCUGCUGCUCGCAAUGUGAACGCCUACGGGCAGAAGGAAGAAGGACCCAGCAGAUGGCAAGAACGAAAAGAGGCCAAGCGCCAGAUGUACCUGAUGAGCACGGAGAAGGCGGUGACCUUGGGAGAAAGGAAGGAUCUGAAAGCUCCUUCGUCUUCCUCUGGCGGGGUCGCAGCCCAGUGCCAGAGGUGUCUCCAGCCAGGCCAUUGGACAUACGAGUGCAAAAACGAAGCCGUCUAUAUUUCCCGUCCGUCAAGAACACAGCAGCUCAAGAACCCUAAGCUGAGGAUGCGGCCUACUUCCCCUUUGGGACUGGAAAACCCCGGUGUCGAGAACGGAAACAAACGAGAAAAGCCUGAGAAGAGCAAGGCGAAGAGCCAUUCGAAGCGCGCGAAGAGAAGCAAGAGAAAGCACCGUUCUGGAUCGGACUCUGAAAGUGAAAGCAGUGAGGCAUCUGUCUUCGAGUCAGACAGUGAUUCUUCGGUUACAGAAUCUGGUUCUUCAACGGGCACCAGCUCCAGCUACAGUUCCUCUGAUUCUGAGGAGCAGAAGAGGAGGAGACGGAGGACGAGGAAGCAGAAAAGGACUCACAGGAGACGUGACUCUUCCUCUGACUCCUCUGAUUCGGAAUCAGCCUCGGAAAGUGAUUCAGAUGACAGCUACAAUCAGAGGAAGAGCCGGAGGCACAGGAGGAGACGCUGA